GGCCAUUCCUUGCAUCUGCUUAUUAGAACCGGGAGCAGUCCCUUUUACUAUUCCUUUCGACAUAGACUGAAUACCAUAGACAGCCAACAUGGCAACUUCCGCUACCUCCUCGGAAUACCCCGCGUCGACGCAUACACCCCGCUAUUUGACCGGCGACGCUGCGGGCAUCCAGGAAUUCCUCGACAAGUUCGAUGUCUUUCUCUUUGACUGUGAUGGCGUCCUUUGGUCGGGCGACCACCUCUUCCCCGGCACGAACGAGACUCUGGAGAUGCUGCGGAGAAAGGGCAAACAAGUCGUCUUCGUAACCAACAACAGCACCAAAUCGCGCGCCGACUACAACAAGAAGCUCACAGCGCUAGGAAUCCCCAGCAACACCGAAGAAAUCUUCUCCUCCUCCUACAGCGCCUCAAUCUACAUCUCCCGCAUCCUCUCCUUGCCCCCCAACAAACGCAAAGUCUUCGUAAUCGGCGAAACCGGCAUCGAACAAGAACUCGCGUCCGAGAACGACAUAGCAUCCGGGGACGCCUCCACGCUGCUUGACCCGGAGGUCGGAGUCGUGCUUGUCGGUCUGGACUUCCACAUCAACUACUUCAAGCUCGCUCUCGCGUACCACUAUGUCCGCCGGGGCGCGGUGUUCCUGGCUACGAAUAUCGACUCGACGUUGCCGAACUCCGGGACCUUGUUUCCGGGUGCGGGUAGUAUGAGCGCGCCGUUGAUUAUGAUGUUAGGGAAGGAGCCGACGUCAUUGGGCAAGCCGAAUCAGGCCAUGAUGGAUGCUAUUGAGGGGAAGUUUCGGUUUGAUCGCAGUAGGGCUUGUAUGGUGGGGGAUCGGGCGAAUACUGAUAUUAGGUUUGGGAUUGAGGGCAGACUUGGGGGCACGUUGGGGGUGUUGACGGGGGUUAGUAGUAAGGAGGAGUUUGUCGAGGGGGAUGUGAGGCCGAAGGUUUAUUUGGAUCGGUUGGCGGAUUUGUUGAUUGUUGAUCAGGAUCGGUAG